CAGAGCUUAAGAAGAACUCUACACUACUCAGUGGCUCAAAUUGCAGCGGGUCUCAGAAAAAUGGCAUUGGAGUCACCAAUUUCAGCAGCAUUACUCUGCUUAGUAAUGCUAACACUGACAAUGGGUUCAAAUGCAGGCGGAAUAGCAAUCUAUUGGGGUCAAAAUGGAAAUGAGGGCACCUUGGCAGAGACCUGUGCCACAGGAAACUAUGACUUUGUGAAUAUAGCUUUCCUACCAACCUUUGGAAAUGGUCAGACUCCUAUGAUUAACCUCGCUGGCCAUUGCGAUCCAUACAGCAAUGGUUGCACCAGCUUAAGCUCCGACAUAGAAUCAUGUCAAGCCAAAGGCAUUAAGGUAAUUCUUUCGAUCGGUGGAGGGGCGGGGAGCUACUACCUUACCUCGUCGGAGGAUGCCAGACAAGUUGCUACUUAUCUUUGGAAUAACUUCUUGGGGGGAAAGUCCUCCUCCCGCCCACUUGGUGCUGCUGUUUUGGAUGGAAUUGACUUUGAUAUUGAAGGGGGCACCAACCAGCACUGGGAUGACUUGGCAAGGUACCUUUCUGGAUACAGCAAGAAGGGAAAGAAGGUGUACUUGACUGCGGCUCCACAGUGUCCUUUUCCUGAUGCUUGGAUUGGAGGUGCUCUGAAAACUGGUCUCUUCGACUAUGUCUGGGUCCAAUUCUACAAUAACCCUCCUUGCCAGUUCACUCCUGGAAGUAUUGGCAAUCUGGAAGAUGCAUGGAAGCAGUGGACUUCAGACAUCCCUGCUGCCAAGAUUUUCCUUGGACUACCUGCUGCUCCUACAGCAGCUGGAAGUGGCUUCAUUCCUUCAUCUGAUCUAACUUCCCAAGUGCUUCCAGCCAUUAAGGAUUCUUCCAAGUAUGGAGGUGUUAUGCUGUGGUCUAAGUAUUAUGACGACCAAUCUGGAUAUAGUUCUUCCAUCAAGAGCCAUGUCUAAAUAUAUAGCUAGGUCACUCUGAUAUUUGUAUCCAAGAUCACUUCCUCGAUGGGUGUUUUUGUAUCUCUUCCACUUGUGUUCUAUCAAUAUAAUAAGCAGAAUUGUGUACUGGUGAUAAAUGUUACCUUCUUCUCCCUUUGGUUAUCUUUUCCCUCAGAUCUUGAUGGCAUGCUUAAAUAACAACC